AUGCGUCAGCGAAUCACCUUCAUCCACAAGCCAGGUGACGGCGUCCCACCCGAGUCUCUCGAGAUCAGCGAUGCCGGUGUCAAAGGCCCCGACAUCUUGUCCGUCCGUGAAGAGAGAGUCACACUGGCUCUGGAGGAGCUCCCAUCUGAGCUCUCCCAGCUUCUCAGUGAGAGUCACGAGCUGCACAUCAGAUGGGCCAGUCCUUGGGCCUAUGACACCGUCGGACCCUUGGCUUCGAGGGUAUCGCCGGGCCUUCACCUCUUUUAUACCCCGAAGAGGGAUGGGGAAUGGGACGGAACGAAACUAUGCCAAGAACUGAAGAAGGCCUUUGGCGGCAGCGGCUGCUCAUCGUCCGAGUCCUUCACAAGUCUUCCCCGUGACCGGUUCUCUCACUCGGCUGCUCUUCAAUACUACCAACCGCUAGAGGACCUCGCCGCAUUCACACAGUACACAGCCGAACAGCUCUGCCCGGCAUCAGACAUGGCCUGCAAAUCCCGCGCCGAGGAGCUCAAGACAGCGGCCUCUCUCGAUAUAUCCUACGACACAAUCUCGCACGCUCUUAAAGUCACGGCCCAGUGGCCUCACGGCAAGCAUAGCAUCUCCGUCGCCUCGACGCCCAAUCACCGAACCGAAGUCGGUAUCCUCACCAUCGACGCCACCGCAAACCCUGAGCCCCAUGAGAUCGGUAUGGGCGGCGGCCUCAUCGUCAUCGGCGAGCACAAGAAGCCGUCGUCCGUCCUCUUCAACGUGCCUGCCCGCCACCGGCUGCACGCGGACGCCUCCUCUCGCCCAAGCUCCUUCUACGCAAAGCUCCUUGAGCCGGCGGGCCUACACCCAACGCUGCAGCUCACGCUUACUUCUGCCAAACCGCCAAUCGAUGACGCAUACUGCGCCGUCCAUGCGCACCUGACGCUCCCAAAGACGGUAUUCGCCGACCGCUACCAGCUUGCCGAUGACCUCUUCCUGCAAUCCAAGAACCUCACAGCACUGCGCUACUCCACCUCGCCCGUCGACCUCGAGGCGCCUGCAUAUGCCACGAAGCCGUGGGGUUCCGGCGUCCUGCUCGAGCUCAGGCCGCCGGCGGCAGAGAAGGACGAGGAUUGGACGGCCGAGGUGCCGCUCCACCUGCGCUACCUCGAGCCGGCCGCCGGCGGGUACACGGACGUCGAGGUGCCCUAUCCAGCUGUGUUCUGGGCGUGCUCCUCCGAGGAGGGCACCAAGUUCCCGAGCAGCCCCUUCGAGAGGGUGAACUUGGGCUACGACGCAUUGUUCGGGCCGCGGACGGUGUUUUGGCACGUCGAUCCGCGGCCUGCUGCGGGAUCGGUGGCUGAGGGCGGCGACCGGCUCCUAAGCACCGUACGGGUGCCAGUCCUCGAGGCCGGGCAGGCUGAGUGGGUUCGGGGCGGAACGGCGGCCGCAGUGAUGGUGGGAUUUGCGUGGGUUAUGUGGAGAAUCAUUGCGACUAUUUCGAAGUCGGGGUACCGCAAGGGUGGGGGGGCAGUCGACGAGAAGAAGAAUCAGUAG